CUUGAGGAGACGUGAUUCACUAAUAGUUGCACUGAUCGUGACGACGAUAGUAAAAUCAUAGACGUUCUUUCUAGAAAGAAGAUAUGGAACUGAAGUAUAGCUCCUUGCGCAGGCAUCGGCUUCUGCUAUCUGUGGCGGUUUCUUUUCUUUGGUAUGCCAACAGUAUAGUUGGCGUCCCUUCACUGGCGAUUCCGACCUAUCAAGGAAGGAUUGUUUCACAGAGCGAAGUACUGUUUAAUGUGAAGCCCGCCGAUGCGCUUCUCUGUCAGGUCUCCCUUAACUCGUCGACGAAAGAGUUGACCUGUCCUUGGCGACGUGGCAUACAGCAAGAAGAUCUCUGCAAUGCUUCAUCAUCUCCCUUUAGCAAGCUACAGCCCACAGCCAGCCCCAGCAGCAUCGAGACAGUGUACCAGCUCGUUUUUGAUCAUCGUCUGUCAUCCGGAGUUUAUCAGUGUGGUAUGCCUUCAUCUUACGUUGCCUUCUAUAUUAUCAACGAUGUGGACCGUGCAUGUGGCUGCAGCAAUUCAGGGAUCAUCACUCUUGCAGUAAUCUGUGUCAUCGCCCUCGCUGUGGUCGCCGGUCUGGCGGUGAAGCAUUGGAAAGCAGCUAAAGAGAUUAACCUUCUAAAGGAACGUAACAGCCAGCUCGAGGCGAUGCAGUUGCAGGCGACAACCUCCGACACAGCGGUUAAUGUGCAGCCAGCAAUACGCAGAGAUCAAAGUGAGUCUGACAGUCACAAGGAAUACUUGGCAAACUUGGAAAUGCAGACGUCGGUGGCACUGAAGCUCCGAAUUAUAGAAGAGCAGCGGAAGUGCCACCGACCGUCACCACCAGUACCCAUGCCUCGCCAGAAAAGUAUGCCGACAGGCAAGGAGGUGGCGACGCCAGAGGCGGCGGCAACGGCGGCGUCGGCGGAUGUGGCGACAAUGAUGACAACGCCACAACCUCCGCCGACGAUUGCGGUCUAGUGUCUAUUCUUUUUGUUGCCUGAGACGCACUUUCUUAAUCUGUCCCUCUCCCUCUCUCUCUCUCUCUCUCUCUCUCUCUCUCUCUCUCUCUCUCCCUUUCUCUCUCUCUCUAUUUCUCUCUCACACACUCGCUCUAUCUAUCUAUCUAUCUAUCUAUUUCGCUCCUGCUCUUGUAGCAGUUGAGCACUCUUGCGUGGGGUAGUGCCUUUGCUGUUUGCGUUAUGCAGAGCUCACUGACUUGUCAGUUUGAGCACUCUGGCAAGGUACGUUCAGGCCUGAUUGGAAAUUUUAUUUCCAUUGCUAUCAGGUUCGGCCUCAUUUCCUCUGUGCUGCGCUGAUGAGUUCAAAAAGAACGAAACAGCAUGCUGUCCGCAGAUUGAGUAUCUAUCUAUCUAUCUAUCUAUCUAUCUAUCUAUCUCUCUCUCUCUCUAUUUCUCUUUCUCUCUCUCUCUCUCUCUCUCUCUCUCUCUCUCUCUCUCUCUCACUCACUCUCUCUCUCUGUGUUUAUCUAUCUAUCUAUCUCUCUCUCUAUCUCUCUCUCUCUCUCACUCUCUCUCUCUUUCUCUUUGUCUCUCUAUCUCUCUAUCUACACAAGAGAGAGUUUAGAAGCUUUGUUACAACUCUGAGUUUCACGUAUUGCUACGAUCAUCAGGCAGGUCUAUCUAUCUAUCUAAAUCUCUCUCUAUUUCUCUCUCUGGAUCUAUCUCUCUGUAUCUAUCUAUCUCUCUCUCCCUCACUGUCUCUCUUUCUCUAUCUUUCUCUCUCUGUCUCUCUGUCUGUCUGUCUGUCUGUCUGUCUGUCUGUCUGUCUGUCUGUCUGUCUGUCUCUCUCUCUCUCUCUAUCCCUCUCUAUCUCUCUCUCUCUCUGUCUCUCUCUCUCUCUCUCUCUCUCUCUCUCUCUCUCUCUCUCUUUCUCUCUCUCUCUCUCUCUCUCUCUCUCUCUCUCUCUCUCUCUCUCUCUCUCUCUCUCUCUCUCUCUCUCUCUCUCUCUCUCUCUCUCUCUCUCUCUCUCUCUCUCUCUCUCUCUCUCUCUCUCUCUCUCUCUCUCUCUCUCUCUCUCUCUCUUUCUCUCCAUUUCUCUCUCUAUUUCCCUCUCUGACUAGUCUCUGCCAUGUAAAUGUGAUAUUUCUUGUUGCGCCCCAUGAGAUUCACUGCCAAUUCAACAUAUUUAAAAGUACAAACGCAAUAAUCGGUGGUCUUUCGUCGAGUGGAUAUCUGCACCAAGGGUGUAUACAGAUAGCCUCUACCCUGAUCACAAUUCUGAAGCUAGCACGCAGUGGUGUGUGUUCUCUAUGCGUUCAGUGUCCUAUCCCCACAAGAAAUCGUGUGUGGGCGUUAGUGUGAGUGUUACUAGUUCGAAUGACUGUGCCUCAAUGACGGUAUACUUUAUUGCGUUGCUUCAUUCCACCUAGUGAUUUCAUGUUUACUAUAGGUCCACCUCUCUAGUUUCUCCUCAAUCCUUUAUGGUGGUCCCUGGCCACAUUUUGAUUGACAUAGCAGAAAUUUUCAGUAUAGAGACCGCAAUACCGCAUACCUGCCAAGUACUGAGAGGCUUUUUCCAGAUCGCCAGGGCAAAAUCCUGGGAUAUGCCAUAUUUUUUCCACAGUUCCCUUUUCAAUGUUUUUUAAAUGACGAUGGCAUCAACAUUUUGUCACAUUGCUCAUAGCAAUUGUACAAUGUAGAUGAUCGGGUGAUGAUAUACAUUGCAUGUCUACACAUG